AAAACGGCUAUUAAUUUUUGAUGUGGCAACAUUGGCAGCAAAUUUCUUACGUCCGGAAACAUUAAAUUAUAAUUUACGACAGUUGUUCUGUGGAAUAAUAAAAUUAGUGAAAUGGUGUCGGGCACUUAGUGCGCGAGAUGUCCGCUAAAUUGACGGCUUUUAACGUCAUCUGUGUAGAUAUUCUAAGGAUUUCUGCGUAAUUUGGUAUUCGUGUGACUUAAAUUAAAGCAAGUAGCAAAUUUUAAUUUUUUGAACGAAGUUCCUUAUCGGACGGUUGGCGGAUAGGGGCUAGGCGAAAAAACGUGUAAGAUUCUUCCGUCACGGCCUUCUUUUGUUUAAAUUCUUUUUUGAGAAUAAGAAGCAUAAUUUCACCAACUUACGUACUUACUUCCUAUCUAUAGUGUAGCAAUUGACAAACAGCUGCUUAGAAACAGGUGGUAAGAGCGACGAUCCGGGUUUGAUGCCCGGACUUGCAAGCAGAUAUUACUUUUUGUAUUUUUUUUUGCACUUGAGCUUCAUAUUUUUUAUUGACUUGGCUCGAGCUACAAAAGGCGAACUUAAAGCCAUGAGGCAUUCUCUACCAGUCAACCUUAGGGCAAAGCAGUUAAGAUUGUAGGCGGUGCGUUUAAAUUUAAAACUAAAAGAAAUUAUCUUUAUUUGCAAAAACUAAUUUCAACGCAGCUAUUUAGGUAUCAUAUUGGAAUGAAAAAUUCCAUUCAUAAAUCAGCAGGGUGAGGGCCAGCACCAACAGCAUCUUAGCCAUGUUUGCAAGCAGGUUGGAUGGUGCGUAUCUGAACCACUGCAGUGCGCUCCAUGUAUUCGACAAUCUUCUUCCUCGCGUUGUCCCGGCAUUUUGCCACAGCUCAUGGAAGCCUGGGGUCCGCUUGACAACUAAUCCCAAGAUUUGGCGUAGGCACUAAUUUUUACGAAAGCGACUGCCAUCUGCCCUUCCAACCCAGAGGGUAAACUAGGCCUUGUUGGGAUUAGUCCGGUUUCCUCACGAUGUUUUCCUUCACCGAAAAGCGACUGGUAAAUAUCAAAUGAUAUUUCGUACAUAAAUUCCGAAAAACUCAUUGGUACGAGCCGGGGUUUGAACCCGCGACCUCCGGAUUGCAAGUCGCACGCUCUUACCGCUAGGCCACCAGCGCUUAUAAAUCAAGUAGAAUCAUUCUAUAUUUUGAAAAAUAAAGACGUACAUACUCGCCAACAGUUUUUGAAUAUAUAUUUUUUAUUCAGUUGACACAAAUCUUAUUUGUCAAAUCUUAAUACGAGACUGUAGGACCUUAUUUGGGAAUAUCAAAACCAAAAAGAAGAACGGUUUAACCAGACCUUUUUCGAUUCGAACGGAAAUUAUAACUAUGGAUAUUUCUGCUUGAAACGGGUUUUAAAAGAUAGUGUGCGUGCAUAUUAUCAGAGUCAGAGGAUAUAGCAUGUUGAGUGAUAAUAUGGGAGUGUAAGAAAAUUAUGCAUGUCAAGAUCGCUGUACAUAUAACUAGUGUAGUAUACUGCACCUGCAGGAGUGGGGGUAGUUGACUGUUAACCGUGGCGCCGGGCGGUUGUGUCGAGAGUGGUUCGGUGAUGUUACAGUUAUUGUGUAUUUUACAAGUGGCGAACGAGGAAAAUAUCGCACCAAAAUGACCCAAGUAACAUCAACUAUACCAAGUCUAGACAAUUUCGAUUGUGGAGGCGAUCCGGUUUCCGUCGGUGUAAGAUGGGAAAAAUGGAAACGGGCGCUGGAGAUAUACUUCCUGGCCGCUAAUAUCGAGGAAGAUGUGGUAAAGCGAGCCACUUUACUACAUCUCGGUGGGCUUGCUCUGCAAGAAGUCUAUUACAAUUUGCCGGGUGCUCACGCCGAAAAAGCUACUGACGUCGACGUCUAUAAUGUGGCUAUGGAAAAAUUAGAUGCUUAUUUUUCCCCUAAGCAGAGUAGAUAUUAUGAACGCUACAUAUUUAGGCUUAUGAAACAAGAUGAAGGGGAAAGGUUUGAAGCUUUUCUUGUGAGACUUCGGCAACAGGCUGACAAAUGUAAAUUUACGGCAAGGGACGAAAAUUUAAUUGACCAAAUCAUCGAAAAAGGAAAUAGCUCCGAAUUGCGGAAAAAGAUUUUGUCGGCCGGCGAUAGUGUCACUUUACAGCAAGUGAUAACUAUAGCGACCACACUGGAGACUGUCAAUAGGCAACUAGACACGUUUGGAAAAACUGGGUCAAUGAAGGCGGGUGACAUGGAUAAAUCGGACAUAAAUAAAAUUGAUACUAGGAAAUUACCAGCAAGAGGCACCUCAAAGACUUGUUAUCGAUGCGGUAGCAAUAAACACUUGUCAUUUGCACCCGAAUGCCCUGCUAGGGACAAAAAAUGUUUGAAAUGUGGGAUUAUUGGACAUUUUAAAGAUUACUGUAAAACUAAAAAGCUGAAGCGGAAAUUUGAACACAAAAAAGAUGAUAAAUUUAAUAAUGCAAAAAGGCAAAGGUUUGACCACCCACAAAAGGAUACCGAAGAAGUGGAUUAUGUAUUCCAUCUAGAUAACGACGAAGUUAUCAACUGUCAGGUCGGUGGUGUCACUAUUGAGAUGUUAAUAGACUCUGGAUGUAGAUGUAAUAUCAUUACUGAUGAAACGUGGGAGUAUUUAAAGAGCCAUAACGUGAAAACCGCAAAUCAAAUCGCACAUCCUGACAAGACAUUAGUGGCUUACGGCAGUCAAACGCCACUAGAUGUGACGGGGAAAUUCGAGGCGCAGAUAUAUAUUCGUGAUGGACUUGAAACAAUGGCUACCCUAUAUGUCAUUCGAAACGGGUCGCGUAACCUUUUGGGAAGGAUUACUGCAAAACAACUCGGCGUCCUUCAGACUGGCAUACCGGUUAACAACAUCAGUACAUUUCCCAAAUUCAAAGGUGUUAAAAUUCAAAUCCCAAUCGAUGAUAAGGUAAAACCGGUUAUCCAACCGUAUAGAAGAAUACCGAUACCUUUGGAAGCAAAGGUAAAUUCAAAACUAACAGAACUACUAGAAGCCGACAUCAUCGAAGAGGUCAACGGGCCUUCGCAAUGGGUAUCGCCCAUGGUACCUGUGCUCAAGGAAAAUGGCGACCUUCGGAUUUGUAUCGACAUGAGGAGGGCUAAUGAAGCUAUUAUAAGGGAGAAUCAUCCUCUUCCUACGAUGGAUGAGUUGCUACCCCAUUUCAGACAAGCGAAAUUCUUUUCUCGGCUUGACAUAAAAAAUGCUUUUCAUCAACUGGAGAUUGACGAAGACAGCAGACACAUUACAACCUUCAGCACCAGUAAAGGAUUAUUUCGGUACAAAAGAUUAAUGUUUGGGGUGUCAUGCGCGCCGGAAAUGUUCCAAAAGGUGCUAGAGAAGAUGUUGUUAGGAUGUGAAGGUACUGCAAAUUUCAUCGACGACAUCAUUAUAUACGGAUCUGAUGAAAAAGAACAUGAUACACGGCUCAAGAAAGUCCUACAGGUGUUGAAGGACAACGAUGUCCUACUCAAUGAAGCUAAAUGCAUUUACAAGACAAAUAAAAUUGAGUUCCUUGGCCAUGAACUCACUGCAAACGGGGUAAAACCACUUGAUAAAUAUAUCCUAGCCAUUCAAUCGGCGAAGAGACCAACCAAUGUUGAAGAGAUUCAAAGUUUCCUCGGAUUGGUGAAUUAUGUGGGGAAGUGGAUCCCUAAUUUGGCAUCAUUAACGGAGCCCCUUCGUCAGCUUGUACGACUUAAAUUGAGCAAAACGACGGACCUUCGUAAAUAUUGGACUAGCUCUCAAGAACAAGCGUUUGAUACAUUAAAAGCGAGUCUGUCAAAUAUACAAACAUUGGGCUAUUAUAAUCCAGCUGACAGAACACAAAUAGUGGCUGAUGCAUCUCCCGUGGGUCUUGGAGCCCUGCUGAUACAAAUAGAUCGAAAUGGUCCUCGUAUCAUAGCGUUCGGUAAUAAGAGCCUAACCGAUUGUGAGAAAAGGUAUUGCCAGACCGAGAAAGAGGCUUUGGCCCUCGUCUGGGCAGUCGAACAUUUUAAAACGUAUUUGUUCGGCAAAGAGUUUGAGAUUAUAAGCGACCACAAGCCUUUGGAAACCAUAUUUGGUCCCAGAUCUAAACCAUGCGCACGUAUUGAGCGCUGGGUUCUCCGCUUGCAGGCUUACAAGUACAAAGUAAUUUACCGGCCAGGCAAGGACAAUAUCGCCGACCCCAUUUCUCGGCUUUGCCAAUCAAUUAGUCCCAAACCGUUUGACAAUGAAAAUUAUAUUAAUGCGAUCGUACAAUACAGCAGGCCGACAGCAGUACCAUUAAAAGAAAUUGAAGCCGUCUGUGCCACAGAUGAAGAAAUAAUGGCGCUUAAAAGCGGAAUUUAUGAAAACAAAUGGCAUGAAUCUAUUAGCGCUUAUAAAGCUUUCCAAACUGAGAUCUGUUUUCAAGGAAAUAUUGCUUUAAGAGGGAACAAAUUGAUUAUCCCCAAAGAACUUCGAGACAGAGUACUGGAAGCUGCACAUCAAGGUCAUCCUGGCAUAGUAGCCAUGAAGACUCGUCUCAGAACUAAAGUGUGGUGGCCAAAGAUAGAUCGAGAUGCAGAAAACAGAGUUAAGGCCUGUAAAGGAUGCACACUCGUUUCAGCACCUAACCCCCCACACCCUAUUAAGAGACGAGAGCUUCCAGUCGAACCCUGGAUCGAUGUUGCGGUUGACUUUUUAGGACCUCUGCCAUCAAAUGAUUACUUACUGGUUCUCAUCGACUACUAUAGUCGCUACAAAGAAAUCAAGAUUAUGCGAAGUAUCACAGCUGUAGACACCGUUAGAGUCCUAAAAGAAAUAUUCUCCCGGUUGGGAUAUCCUGUGACUCUGACAUGCGAUAAUGGUAACCAGUUUACCAGUGAGACCUUCAAGACUUUCUGUAAGGAAUGCAAUAUUGUUAUAUACAAUACAAUCCCUUAUUGGCCACAAAUGAACGGCGAAGUCGAACGCCAAAACAGAGAUAUCCUUAAACGGCUGAAAAUCAGCCAAGUAGAAAAAAAGAACUGGAAGGAUGAUCUCCUAGAAUACUUAAUUAUGUACAACAGCACUCCACACACCACUACAGGUAAAACACCUUCAGAACUCUUCUUCCGAAGGCAGUUCCGAGACAAAAUACCCACAGUGGCUGAUAUGGAGUGCAAAAUACUCGAUUCAGAUGUAAGAGAUAGGGAUAAAGAAAAGAAAGAAAAGGGACGGGAAUACACUGAUACGAAGAGGAAAGCAAAAGAUAGUAAUCUAGAAAUCGGUGAAAAGGUCUACGUGAAAAACUUGAUAAAAGAUAACAAACUUACUCCCAACUUCAAUCCUGAAUCGCACACUGUUACAGAUGUAAGCGGUGGUGAUGUUAGAGUAAGGAAUGACGUGACUGGAAAAGAAUAUCGCAGAAGUGUUGUUCACCUCAAGAAAACUGAAACUGGUGAAUGGGCUGUUAUAAAUCAAAACAGCAGCAAUGCACCUCACGCGGACCAAGAUCAAAAUGAAGAUUAAUAUGAUUGUUGUGUUGAAUCUAUAAUUAGCUGAAAUAUAAAAAAUGUAUCGAUUUUCAAAUAACUGAAUGAUUACAAAUCAGAUCGAA